AUGGACAGUUCCACUGCAGAAAUCAACACAACAGCAGCAACAACAUUUUAUAUUUUGUCAGUUGUCAAUUUUGUUUUGGGUAUCAUUGGUCUUGCGUUCAACUUGCUUAUUCUCGCGCGACCUAAGCUAUGUCGUCAACCAUGUUCUUUCUACUUUUUCUCGGCAUCAUGGUACAAUCUAUUCAUUGUCCUCAUUGUCAUACCGAUGCGUCUUCUGUCAAAUAAUUACAAUCUAGAAGCAGCCAAUUAUAAUCUUGGCUAUUGCAAAAUACAAACAUUUUUUAUUUACACCAUACGUUCGAUAUCUUGCUGGUUAAUUGCUCUAGCAACAAUAGAUCGUUAUUUACAUAGCUCAUCGCAUGCUUUUCUGCGUCAAAUGAGUUCAGCGGAGUCAGCAAAAUGGGCAAUCAGAAUAAUUAGUGUGAUCAUGUUCAUUCUCUAUUGUCAUAUGAUUGUAUAUUACGAGAUCAGUUAUGUACCUAAUAAAUUCGGUACGAUUACACCAUUGUGUAAUGGUCAAAGUGGCUUCUAUCGAUCAUUUUUAAAUUUUUGGUAUAUGCUUUUCUAUUCGCUGCUGCCUUCAUUUAUAAUGGUUAUUUUUGGCUGUCUAACAGUGAGAAAUAUCCGUCAACGCGCUCGGAUCGCUCCCAUAGCUAUUCGAAAUGUUCAAACGUUCAAACGAAGCGACGCUGCGAUUUUACGCAUGUUGACUGCUCAAGUUAUGGUAAUCAUUAUUUGCACUGUGCCAUUUUCUGCUUAUCGAUUAUAUUCAUCAUUUACAGCAAACCUAACCAAAACCACGUACCGGCUUGCACAGGAAAAUCUAGCUUUACAAAUCGUGGGUGGUUUGACUUAUUUUGCGCAUUCAAGUAGUUUCUAUAUGCACAUUCUGUCGAGCACGAUUUUUCGUAAAGAACUUCGUCAAAUCAUGCGCAGUUGUGUUAGACGAAGAGUUGUAGUUCCUGUAUAUCUGCAUCCAGUGGGACAAAAUCAAACGUCAGUAUUAUAG